AUGCCAUUUUUUGUAUUCAACCCAAAGAAUGUUUUAAAUUCUUUAUUUGCUACUCAAAUUGUUAAACACAUAACCAAAGUGAUUGAAGUAAAAUGGUUUCUUCGAAAUGGUAAAGUUUUAGCAGAAGACAGGGGGGCAGUUAUAGUUUCUAACCACCAGUCUUCUCUUGAUAUAUUAGGUAUGUUUAACAUUUGGCAUGUUGCUGUCAAAAUUGCAGCAAUUGCAAGAAAAGAAAUAUUUUAUGUUUGGCCUUUUGGAUUGGCAGCAUAUCUUGCUGGAGUGGUAUUUAUAGACAGAAAUAAUUCAAAAGAUGCUUAUAAACAAUUAAAAAUUACAUCAGAUGUGAUGGUGAAGAAUAAGACAAAGAUAUGGGUUUUCCCUGAAGGGACGAGAAAUAAAGACUUCACAAAAUUGUUGCCCUUUAAAAAAGGAGCCUUCAACAUAGCUGUUGCUGCUCAAGUGCCAAUAUUACCAGUAGUGAUAUCACCUUAUUAUUUUAUUAAUUCAAAGAAGUUUAUAUUCAACAAAGGUCAUGCUAUUAUUCAAUGUUUGGAGCCUGUGCCAACAGAAGGGCUAAAAAUGCAGGAUGUGCCAGAUCUUAUUGUACGAGUGCGGAAUAUGAUGGAAAAUGCAUAUAAAGAGCUCUCUAAAGAAGUGCUCAGUGCCUUACCACCAGAUUAUCCCCUAGCAACCAUGGAUCGG